CUGCAGAACUGAGUCAAAGCAUUUCCUGGCACAGAGAUAUCCAAGGGUUUUUGACAUUCAGGAAUGAGACUGAUGAGAGCUUAAUCACCGGUCAACUGUAUCUUCCCUGAGUGGAUCACACAACCAAGAGACCAUCAUGGCAAGCAAAGACACAUCGUCAAACAUUCAAGACACGAUUGCAAGUAACCUUAUCGACGAAGGACCUCCUGCAAGGUAUCAGCUGGAAACAAAGAAACAGAAGCUAGAUGAAGAAGGCCUGCUCAGAAGAUGGACCUUUGGAGAGAGAGAUUCCACCAAGGUUAACAGAACCGUUCUGAUAGUGGGAGAGACAGGAACAGGGAAGUCAUCUCUCAUCAAUACCAUGGUCAAUUAUUUCCUGGGUGUAAAACAGGAGGACAAAGUCUGGUUUGAGAUUGUGGAGGAGGAAAUAGAGGAUGAUAAAAAGUCUGAAAGUAAAAAAAAAACUGAAAGUGAAACUACAGGGAUUACUGUUUAUGAGGUAUUUUGGUUUGAGGGAUCUAAAUUGCCCUACUCUCUCACCAUCAUCGACACUCCUGGGUAUGGAGACACCAGAGGGAUUCAAGAAGACCAACUAAUCGCUAAAAAACUAUUUGAGUUGUUUAGAUCUGAAUAUGGAGUCCAUCAAAUUGAUGCUGUUGGUUUAGUGGUGAAAUCAAGUGCAAAUCGACUCACUGUUGAACAGAAGUACAUAUUUGAUGCAAUUUUGUCCUUAUUUGGCAAAGACAUGGAGAAGAACAUCGUGGCCCUCAUCACACACUCAGAUGGUUUUGAACCUACUGAUGCUCUACAGGCCUUAGAAGAUGCUCAAGUCCCCUGUGCAAAAGAUGACAGCAAUCAAUCUAUUUAUUUCCUAUUCAACAACUCUCAAAGAAAGAGUGUCACCUCUGCAAAAGCAACCCAGGCCAAGAAAGAAGAACGUAUCUUGAAGAAUUUAUGGGACGUAUCAGAGGAGAGCAUGAAUGAAUUCACAGAGUUCCUGGGUAGAAUAACACCUCAAAACGUGAAGAUGUCUGAAGGAAUUCUGAGAGAGCAGAAACACCUGGAGGAGUGUGUCAGCAACAUACGCAAGCAGGUCCACCUGAUUGAUCUGAAACAGAAUGAAAUCAAGCAGACUCAAGAAGCACUCGAUAAACACAAGAAAGACAUGGAGGAAAACAAGGACUUUUCAUACAAUGUUGACGAGAAAUACAAAGGAAAGGCAGAUACAAAUGGAGAUGAGGCUACCACUUGCACAGUCUGUGAGGAGAACUGUCACUAUCCAGGCUGUUGGUGGGUCAAAGAUCUCUCAUGGUGUACUGUGAUGAAGAACUUUCACUGCACAAGGUGUACUGGGAAAUGUCACUACACCGAUCACGUCAAAGAAAAGAAAAUGUAUGUUUUUAUGACCAGGCAGGUUAUAAGGACGAAUGAGAAAUUAAAAAAGACAUAUGAAAUCAUUGAGAAAGCGGCUGGGGAGAAAGAGACUCUGAUCAGCAGACUUCAGUCAGAGUUGAAGCAGUUCACAUCUGAGAAAGCCAGACUGGUGGAAGAAUCAUACCAGUGUGUCAUCAACCUUGAAGAGAAAGCCUUAAAGACCAGCUCACUGUCCACUGCUCAGCAUCUGGACUUCCUGAUUGAGAAGGUGAAGGAGACAGGAAACACAGAGAAGAUUCACAAACUGGAGAAGAUGAAGAAGAGAGCUGAGGAGGAAUACAAGGGAGCUUUAGAUUACUUUAAAGCUGGUAUGAAGAAACAGUGAAAUCAUCUCUUACUGAGAUAGUAAAGCAAAAAAAUAACAUGUGAAAAACAUGUGAAAAAUAAACAUGACCGUAGGAUAGAAAAGAGAUGCUGGGUGGAAAUGAAAGUUGUUCUUCUUAAUUAUUUUUCUCUUCAAGAAAUAAUGUACAUUUAAUGUCAACUACAUAAUGUUUUGUAUGAGAAUAACCAAUGCUAUUUUUUGUUUCUUAAUCAUAACCUCAGAUGAUGGAUACCUGCCUACAUUAAUAACACUUUCUUCAAUAGCUUGCAUAUAUGGCAUUCUUUGUAAAUAAAACACCCACAAAUGGGGAGAUUAAUGAAGAAGUUCAGAGAGAACACAAACAACUGGAGGCAUUUGGCAGCAUCUUACGUGAGUGAAUCCACAUGACUGAUCUGAAGCAGGAUGAGAUCAAACAGACUCUAAACAUCCAUGGAGGAACACAAGAAAGACAUGGAGUAAAAUAAGGACUUAACAUAUACUGUUGAAGAACAUUACAAAGAGAAUGUCCCCAUAGAAUCACCAUGGUGGCAUUUAACUAAAUGUGUAGUAUUCUGCAGUGUCUGUGAGGAGAACUGCCACUUUCCAGGCUACUGGUGAGUUAUCGUGUAGUGUGAUGAAUAACAAACAAUGCACUUUGUAUAAAACUAAAUGUCACUACACCAAGCAUGUCAAAUAAUACAAAAUGUAUGUUACCAAGAACAGAUCGGUUCUCAGGACAUGUGAGGAAUUUAAGAAUAGGUUUGAAAUCAAUAAGAAUGCGGCUGUGGAGAAGGGGGGUCUGAUCAGUAGACUUCAGACAGAGUUGGAGCAGCUCACACCUGAGAAAGACAGACUGGUGGAGGAAUGCUAUCAGUGCUUCAUCAAAAUGGAAGAGAUCAUAUUUUAAGGCCGUCUCACUGUCCACUGCUCUGCAUCUGGACUUCCUGAUUGUGAAGAUGAAGGAGACAGGAAACAGAGAGAUGGUUCAAAAACUUGAGGAGAUGAAGAAGAGAGCUGAGGAACACAAGGGAGUUAGGGAUUAUGUUAAAGCUGGUGUGAGUAAAGGGUGGAAUCAUCUCCAGGGAAAGUACUAUUGAAACAUAUAGUAAAGCAAAAACAAUGAUGUGGAUGUAUGUUACAUGUAUGUAACCUAUAUACAUGUAUAUAUAUACUUUUUUGUCACUGGAAUUGCAUUUUAUCCGAUAGUAUCAUUGAUUAUCUUCAUCAAAAUGUAUGGGAACCUAACAAUCAAAAAUCUUUCAGAAUAUAUUUGUUGUGAAGUGUUUAUCACAUACUGUUGAUGGGGAACCCUGAAACAUUUGUGCAUGUUGUCUAGAUGUUUCCACUAAGAAAUAUAUUAAAUAAAUCAUCACAA